GCCGGGCUGCGGUGGGGCGGCAGCGGCUGUGCCCGGGCUGCGGUGCCCGUCGCGGGAUGUGGCGGCGGCUGCCCGGGCUGCUGUUCGUCUUUGCGGCCUCCACGGCCGCGCUCUGGCUGCUGUCGGCCCGGCUGAGCGCGGGGCAGGCGCGCAGGCCGCUGCGGUUCCCGUCGGACCUGGAGGAGCUCCGGGAGCUGGCCGAGGCGCUGCGAGACUACGAGCGGCAGCACCGGGGCACGGCGCUGACCCUGUUCUGCGCCGCCUACCUCUACAAGCAGAGCUUCGCCAUCCCCGGCUCCAGCCUCCUGAACGUCCUGGCGGGAGCACUCUUCGGGCCGUGGACGGGGCUGGUGCUGUGUUCGGCCCUUACCUCCGUGGGAGCCACCUUCUGCUACCUGCUGUCGGACACCUUUGGGAAGCAGCUCAUUGUCUUCUACUUCCCUGACAAAGUGACUCUGCUGCAGAGGAAGGUAGAAGAGAACAGGAGCUGCUUGUUUUUCUUCUUGUUGUUCCUGAGGCUGUUCCCCAUGACACCAAACUGGUUCCUGAAUCUCUCAGCUCCCAUUUUAAACAUCCCUCUGUCCCAGUUCUUCCUCUCCGUUCUCAUCGGUCUCACACCGUACAACUUCAUCUGCGUGCAGACAGGAGCCAUUCUGUCUCAGAUCACCUCUUUGGAUGCCAUUUUCUCCUGGGACACACUGCUGAAGCUGCUGGCAAUGGCCACAGCAGCACUGAUCCCAGGGACCCUCAUCAAGAAGUACAGCAAGCAACACUUGAAGCUGGAUGGGGGCCAGCACACUCCAGUGCUCAACGGCAAAAAGAGCUUCUGAAGGCUCAGGUGCCCCAGCUGCCGGGGGACUGCCUCACAAAAGCUGCAGCUCUCUGUUCCUGAGGGUUGUACUCUGCAUGCUUUGUGCCACCAUGGACCAAUGGCAGAGGCAGUUUCUAAUCAUUCUUCUCGUCUGAGAGGUGUGAGGGUCUCUACUGUGCAUGUCUGCACCCAGAGUGCCAUACAGCCUUUGUCAGCACUUCA